UUCCCCUUUGACUUCUGGGCUGACGUGCCCAGACAAAUAGACACGAAUUGAAUUGCCAGCCAUGUAGGUGCAGCAGGUCGGGAGAGGAAGUUAGCAGAUGGUGACUGACUUCGCCGUGGAGGCUGCAUUGUGUGGUAAUGAAAACUAUACCCUCAAUAAGCCGGAGCUCGAUCAGUGUUUGCUGCACCAGGAGAAAGCGGGGUCACCUUGGUUUGGUAACGGGAGCCGGCAGACGUUUCCCGCCAACAUGUCAGAGCCUCCACAGCUUGUGAACCCUCCACCUCCUGAGGUGACCAAUCCUGACAAACCGGGUCGAAGGACCAACCAGCUGAAGUACAUGCACAACGUGGUGAUCAAAUCCCUGUGGCGACACCCGUUUGCUUGGCCCUUCUACCAACCCGUCGAUGCAGUUGCUCUUGGACUACCAGAUUACCAUAAAAUCAUUACAUCCCCCAUGGACAUGGGUACGAUCAAGAAACGGCUGGAGAACAACUAUUACUGGAGUGCAAGCGAAUGUAUGGAAGACUUCAACACCAUGUUCACUAACUGUUACAUUUAUAACAAGCCCACAGAUGACAUCGUGCUCAUGGCACUCCCCUUGGAAAAGAUUUUUUUGAACAAAGUCUCCCUGAUGCCUCGGAGGGAAGUGGAGAUUUUUCCAACCAAGGGAAAAGGGAAAAAAAGCAGUGCUGCAGAAAACCGGAUUAGGCAUGAAAGUGCAGGCAGCUUUGAGGAGGAGAAGGAGGUGCCACGGGAAGAAAGGCGAAGCGGGCUGAGUGAGCAGCUGAAGUACUGCAGUGAUAUCCUGAAGGAAAUGCUGUCCAAGAAACACUCAAUGUACGCCUGGCCCUUCUACAAGCCUGUAGAUGCUGAAGCUCUGGGGCUGCACGAUUACCACGACAUCAUUAAAUACCCCAUGGACCUCAGCACUGUCAAAAAAAAGAUGGACGCCGGUGAUUACCAGGAUGCAGAACAGUUUUCUGCAGAUGUUCGAUUAAUUUUCUCCAACUGCUACAAGUACAACCCUCCACAACACAGUGUUGUAGGGAUGGCCAGGAAACUUCAGGGAGUUUUUGAGCAGAAAUUCGCAAAGAUGCCAGAAGAACAAGUGGGGUUGGUUGCAUCAGCUGAGAAGAGCGCAGACUUCAGAAUGCUUAAUGGCAACAGCUCCUCCAGUUUGGACAAAGCGGAACCAACAGACGAACGUGCAGCUCGACUCGCUGAGCUUCAAACUGUUCACCAGCAGCUUUCAAACUUGACCCAAGAUCCUUUCAACAAGCCCAAGAUGAGCAAAGAACAAGAGAGGGAACCUGAGACACAACAUAAAAAAGCUUCAAGCUCCAGACAGUCAUAUAAACGUAGCAGAGACCAGAGCUCAGGUGACGAAUUUUUGCCAAUGACGUAUGAGGAGAAGCACCAGCUGAGUCUGGACAUUAACCGCUUACCAGGCAUGAAGCUGGGCCGUGUGGUGCACAUCCUCAAGACACAAGAGCCCUCCAUGAGCAGCUCCAACCCAGAUGAGAUUGAGAUUGACUUUGAGGUGUUGAAGCCCUCCACUCUGCGAGAGCUGGAGCGCUAUGUCAGGUCUUGCCUGCAUAAGAGGUUCAAGAAGUAUCAAAAGCAGAGCAGUCAGUCUGCAUCUCAUCCUGCCGGCAGCAGCAGUUCUGCAAAUUCUGCCUCCAGCAGCUCCGCUGACUCCAGCUCGGACGAAAGGGACUCAUGAUCACUGCACUGUUGGACCGUUUUGUGACCAAAAAAAUCCUAUUUUUCUAUCAGUUGCCUUAUAUGUUCAGUUUGUGGAAAAAUAAACAUUAUUGUUUCAUACUUA